AUUCUGUUUUACUGUCGUUUGUUUGGUGUAGGAUGUUCUCUGAGAUUUGGUGCGGAGUGCUUAGUCGUUUGAGGUAGCUGUUUUUGCGUGGGAGGGUGGUCAUAUUUCAGGUUGGUAGUAAAUGUGUAAGUCCAGUUUGUGGGUCUUUCUCUGUCCUAUCAUUAGGUUUGUGCCAAGUAAAUAGUCGAAUUUAUUUGAAGCUUGCAGUGAAUAUCUGAAAAGGCUGUAAGCCGGUGUAACGUUACCGAUGGUUCGAUGGUAUUUUUUUUGUGUAUUCAUUAUUUUAAGUGUAUCAUAACGGAGUGAUUCUUACGAAAUUGAGAUUAAUGAUAAAGUUCACGAGGGUUUAUGUUUAUUAGUCGCUUUCUUGUUUUCAGCGAUAUUGUUGACUACAUUACGCGAUCAUUGCUUGCGUUAUCUUGGGUGGGGUGAUGGGAAUAAGAGAGUCAUCUUUCUCGUUCUUAGACUGUUUUAAUUGUAGCCAGUUUAGUUUUAGACGCAUUAUGGGUUUGAUUGAUAAACCUAUUGUUAUUGAUGGAAAAGAUCACCUUUUGGGACGGUUGGCGUCAGUUAUCGCCAAACAGCUUCUCCUUGGUCAGAAAAUUAUCGUUGUGCGAUGCGAAGAUAUUGCCAUUUCUGGUAACUUCCAUCGUUCCAAACUAAAGUUUAUGAGCUUUCUGCGCAAGCGAUGCAACGUUAAACCGGCGCGUGGUCCGUACCACUUUCGUGCACCAAGUCGUAUAUUCUGGCGAACUGUGCGUGGCAUGUUGCCGCAUAAAACACAUCGCGGAAAAGCAGCACUGCUUCGUUUGAAGGCGUUUGAUGGUAUUCCACAACCCUAUGAUCGAGUUAAACGACAAGUUCAUCCUGCAGCUUUGCGGCAUUUAGCGCUGAAACCACGAAGAAAGUAUUGCACAGUUGGACGUCUUGCGCAUGAGGUGGGUUGGCAGUAUCGUGAUGUAGUUGCAAAGCUGGAAGCCAAAAGAAAAGUUAAAAGUGCGGCAUUUUAUGAGCAUAAAAAAAUGAAGUCGAAGCUAUUUACCGAGGCACUGAAAUCAGAUAUUGUUAAAAAUUCACCUUAUCAAAAGCUUAUAGAAUCUUAUGGUUUCCAGUAA